AUGGGUGACGAAACUAUUUCACGAUUGUCAAAAUGGUUUUGUCAAUGGUUUCAUUUGAUGAUACUUCAACGAUUGAUACAAUUGACAAAACUAUUGAUGAUUGACAAAAUUACUGAUGAAACUAUUGACGAAACUUUUG